CUCAGAUCUACUAUACCCGUCUAGACUCUGCUCCGCCAUGGAUGACAGCGCCGGCGAAGCCGAUGGCCGAAGUCAGGUUUACGUGUGCAGUUCGUACCCCCUUUCGUUCCCUUCCCAGCCGCCGGACAUCAAGAAUUGGUUCUCGAGCUAUGUUUAUGACUCUCCUGAGGUUACGGAGCAUGUUGCUGAUCACGACGGCGGCGACGGCAGCGAGACCCAAGACCCAUUCGAGGAUGGUGGAGUUGCUUUGACAGAAAGUGGUUUUGGAGGCCAAUCUGAGCCUGAGAAUUUUCCUAGAAAAUAUUUGGUCCCGGUCGAUGGGAAUGCGACGAAGCCCGCCCCCAAAAGGAAGCAAAGCCUGCGGGCGUUGUUUGGAGCGAGUUUUCUUAGUGAGGUUGAGGAAGUUAAUGCAACUGAAAGUCAUGGUCUGUUCCCUGUGCAGCUAAAUGCACUGAAGCACGUGCCAGAUUGUAGAAGCCUUCCUCUUAAUGAAAUAUGUGAGACGCAUUCAGAAAAAAUAGAUUGCACAACAAGCUUGCCUGAUGCUACUAGACAUAGCCAAGAAGCCACAAUUGAGCACAAGGCGCUGGUCAAUUUUGAUCGUAUUAGUUCAGCUGACACUCGAGAAAGCACCCCUGCAGAUGAGGAGGUUGAGAGUAAAACGUCUGCUAACUGUGAUGAUGCACUUUUGGCUGAUACUGGAGAAGGCUUUGCAGAAGACAUCAACGGCCAUAUUGAAUUGCCUGGCAGUUUUAACAAUAUCACUCGAGCUGGGACUGGGGAAAAGAUCCAAGAUGGUGUUGACCACAGCACACAUAUUGUUAGUCGCAACAGACCCAGUUUAGCUGAGACUGAAGAUAAUUGUGCAUUACGCGAAACUGACAGUGAAGAGAAUUCUCCCCUAGGGGAAGCUGACCGCUGCAAGCUUUCAUCAGACAGUAAAAGGCGACAAGAAAUAGUUGCAUCAGAUGGUUUUAUCGCUGUAAAGAGGAAAAGGAAGCAACCAGAGGAACACAUAACAAAUAAAAAUCUGAGGCACCUAACUGGGGGAGAGAAGCAAAAGAGGAACUUAAAAGAGAAUGUCAGCAUUCCAGACCAGAAGGUUUUGGUCCAAGAGCAAACCAGACGUCCCUUGGCGGAUAGGACUAAUUUUUCAGAAGUAAACGCAUCUCCAGCACCAGAGCCGAGCAGCAAAUGGAAGUGUCCUCGCAAAGGCAAGCCCUAUGUUGGUCGUCCAAUGAAGCAGCUCCGGUUGGGGCAGUGGGUGCGCCGUAUGAAUUGACACCUCAACGUCUGCAUCCUGUUCAGAAGAGUAUGCAUCAUCAAGUUGACAGUUUGGACCAGUUUCAGCUCUUCCAGUCUGUAGGAGCGCAUGUCGCUCAAGUAGGACUAGAUCAUUAUAAUAUCUUUAUGGUUGUAGCUAUCUUCUUGUGCUACUGCUAUCCCAGUACAAUUUUUUCAUAGCACCAGGGUACGUAUCAGCAGAAGACCGAACUGAGACAAAUUAAAUGAUGGGUACCAAAUUCUGUAAAUCUUGUUUUCAGAUGAGAUUCUAUGUUUUUUUGUUGAUGUUUUGCGAAUCUCUGUUGAUAUUAGAAUACAUGGGUGAACUUAGAACU